ACAACGUUAACACAUUGCACUCAACGAAAACACAUCUUCUACGAUGGUCAUAGAGAACGAUCAACUUUUACUUCCACCGCGGGAUUCCCAAAUCCCUGAUAUUCUGGCAGAGUUGAACGAAGAUUCGCCGGAAAGGUUGGAGCGGAAUCUGCAGUUGUUCAGAGAGUGGAUCAACUGUCAUUCUUAUUUGCCUAAAAACAUUGCAAAACACGCAUUGACUACAUUCAUCAGAGGUAGUAAGCAUGAUCUGGAAAAAGCCAAGAGAAAAUUCACGUUGCUGUCGAUGGGAAAACGAGGAAUACCACAUCUUUUUGCGGACAGGGACGUAACGGAUCCGGAGCUCAUGAAAACAUGGAAUAAUUACAUAAUUCUACCAUUACCAAAGUUAACGGAACGCGGCGAAAGAAUUACAAUUUUUAAAUUACGAAACGUGGAUUUGGACAACUUUGAUUCCAUGAUGUUACACAGAAUCUCCUGGAUAUUUAUCGAUUACAGGAUUAAUUUCGAUCCGAUGACGACGAGCGACAUCUUCAUCUUCGAUUGCUCCGUCUUCAGUGCUGCUCACAGCUCAAAGUUUCUCUCUGUAAUUUGCAAGGAAAGCAUCCGCCUGCUACAGGAAAGUUUCCCUUUCCGAAUCCGCAGUGUCCAGUUGAUUAACGCUAGUCCAUAUCUAGAUGCGUUGGUUGCUGGCAUCAAGGUUUUUCUUAAAGAUAAAUUAAAAAGAAGGUUCUUUGUGCAUCAAGGAUCUGAAUGCUUGAAGAAAGUAGUGGGAGAGGAAGUGUUACCGCUCGAAUACGGAGGGAAAUGCGGCAAGAUCGAUAAUUUGGAUGCCGAAUGGAAAGAUCACUUUGCCAGAAACAACGAGACACUGAGGGAAUGGGGAAACCAAAAGUGUACGGGCGUCGUACCGAAGAACAUCGAAAAUAGCUACAAAUUCGAUGAUUCCAUUUUCGGAGCUCAAGGAAGUUUUAGAAAAUUGAAUUUAGAUUAAAUUCAAAUUAUUUUAAUUCUUUAAACAUAUACAAAUAUGUUAGAAAAUAUAAGGGAUGGUUUUCUAAUGA